CUCUCUAGUUUUUCUAUUUCCAUCUCUCCCUUUGGUUUUCAGUCUUUUCAAGUACAAAACCCCUAAAGCCCCAAAGAACAACACCAAAUCUGAAUGUUUUUGCCCUGAAUAUCCCAAAUACUGAGCAAAAUCUGGGCAAAAAUAUGGUUCUUUCUCUGUAAAAUUUUUUGGUCAGUUUUUUUUAUAGCAUUCUCUGUCUAGAUUUUUGUUUUCGUUUUUAUUGCAUUUUUGCCUCGAUUUUGUUUUCAUUUCUUGAAUAUCCUGAGUACUGAGCAAAACCCUGUGUAUAUAUGGUUCUUUAUAUGUAGCAUUUUUUGCCCUGAUUUUUUUAUAGCAUUUUUUUCCCAGAUUUUUGCUUUCAUUUUUAAAGCAUUUUGCCCAGUAUUGGAAUAUCGUUGCAGUACUGUUUAUAUGUGUAAAAAUGGGUGAAAAUGUAAAAGUUGGGGAAAAUGCCCUCUCUUUGUCUGAUAUAUAAAACUAGACACCGUUGAUUUAAACCAAUAUGUGUUCAAGGGCAUAGUUCAAGAAAUGCAUCCAACGUCUUCCUCCUUCAAAAGCUUAAAACUAAGAUAAGAGUUAGUGGUGAGAUUUUAUUGGAUGGAAAUAUAUGACCAGCGCAAUGUGGUUGUAAGACUUCUUAUUCGUUCUAAUUAAUAUGUGUAGGCUAGAAAGGAAAAACACACUAUAGUGAUGAGAUUUUUACCUUUUCUACCUUAACUCCAAAAUUAUUUCAGACAACGUGCUUUAUCGCGUUGGGGCAUGAGUUGAAAACAGUUAUUUAAUUUUCCGUUAGAAAGGUAAAGUAAAAGCAACAACAAUAUAUCAUAAUAUGAUCAUUUGAUAUAUCUUAGUAUGCUCAUACGAAACUUUCUUAUGCUUUUGGACUCUUAUAACAGCUUUAAGUUUGAUAAAGUAGCGUAUGGUAGCAAUUUGAUUUCAUUUUUUUGGCAAACUUAUGGUUUUUAACCCUGAGUAUAUAUGGUAGCAUGACUUACACUCAUAUUUAAGGGACUACAUGGUUCUUGAUUAUUUGGCCUGCUGAAAUUCCAAGGUUAACUGAUGCCUAUGUAUUAUGUUUGGAGUUUGAAAUGAGUGGUGUUAAUGUUUCUUGCCCAGAUUUUUUUGUAGCAAUUUGAUUUCGUUUUUUGACAAAUAUAUGGUUUUUAACCCUGUGUAUAUAUGGUAGCAUGACUUACAAUCAUAUUUAAGGGCCUACAUGGUUCUUAAUUAUUUGGCCUGCUGAAAUUCCAAGGGUAACUGAUGCCUAUGUAUUAUGUUUGAAGCUUGAAAUGAGUGGAGUCAAUGUUUCUUGCCCAAUUUUUUUAUAGCAAUUUGCUUUCAUUUUUUUGGCAAACAUAUGGUUUUUAACCCUGUGUAUAUAUGGUAGCAUGAUUUACACUCAUAUUUAAGGGCCUACAUGGUUCUUGAUUAUUGGCCCUGUUGAAAUUCCAAGGAUAGCUGAUGCCUAUAUAUUAUGUUUGGAGCUUGAAAUGAGUGGAGUCAAUGUUUCUUGCCCAGAUUUUUUAGUAGCAAUUUCCUUUCAGUGUUUUGGCAAAUAUAUGGUUUUGAGUAUUCUUAUGAUGAAGGUUUAUACAUGUAUUUUUGUAGUUUGCAGUUUCACGUUGGGUAAGUCAAAAAAUGGAGAUGGAUCCCACGAAUUCAGUCGGUGUAGCAUCUAGCAUAUAUCCAAAUGUAGGCAGUAUUGACGAAAUCCCGGAUGGUGGUUGUGGCUCACCAAACAAGAGUCACGAAAUAGAAGAACUAUGUAUAGGAAUGAUGUUUGGAUAAGAGGAUGAUGCAUAUGAGAUCUUUAAGUCUUAUGCAUUCACCAAAGGUUUUGGUAUUCGCAGGGGGAGUACUCAUACCAAGAAAAGUAAAUGGUUCGAUACAGUUUAUGUUUGCUCCAAGGAAGGCUUUAAACAAGAAAAACCUAAUAAAAGGGGAAAAGUUUAUCCUGAGUUAAGGUGUGGGAACAAGGUUAGGAUGUGCAUAAGUAGUCAAGAAAACGGCGAGUGGAAAGUGACUAGCAUGUUUAUAGAUCAUAAUCAGGAUCUAGUUAGUCCAAAAAAAGCUCGUCUAAUUCGCACGCAUCGAUCAUUGUCGAUCAUUGAUACAUUCAAUGAGCUCGACAAUGGUUAAGCCUAGAUAUAUUCAUGACAUAUUCAUAUAGCAGGCUGGAGGGAUCGACAAUGUCCCUUAUACACAAAGGGACAUUCAAAAUGAAAUAACAAGUGCUCGAAAAAAACUUAGAGGAGAAGAUGGCAAUUUAAUUUUGCAAUGGAUCUAUAAAAAGAACCAUCAUUUUUUAUAGAUUAAGAUUAGAUGAAGAGAAUCACAUUCACGGUAUCUUAUGGGUUGAUUCUACAUCUAAAAUUUCCUAUCAGUGCUUCUCUGAUGUGGUUAUCUUUGAUACCACAUACAAGACAAAUGUAUUUGGUAUGCCCUUUGCACCUAUACUUGGUGUAAAUCACCAUUUCAGAUCAACUUUCUUUGGGUUUGCACUCAUAUUUGACGAGAAGAUAGAAUCAUUUAUAUGGGUAUUUGAAAACUGGUUGGAAGCCAUCGGUGGACGACAACCAGGCAUUAUUCUCACUGAUCAAGAUCCUGUAAUUUCAUAUGCAGUGAGGCAAGUUCUUUACCAAAGUAAGCAUCAUUAUUGUAAGUGGCACAUAUUUGCGAAGAUCAAAGAAAAAAUGUGUCAUGUCUUGCACAUGCAUCCUUCUUAUUCAGAUACCUUUAAGAAGUGUGUGGCUAGCCCAACAAUUGAAGAAUUUGAAUCGGCUUGGAAAUCAAUGAUGGAUAAUUAUAACCUGGAAGACAAUGAAUGACUGAGUAGGCUUUAUGAUUGUCACAUGCAAUGCGUCCAGACACAUUCACUGCGGGUACGACUUCUACUCAAAGGAGUGAAUGGAUGAAUAUGAUUUUCAAAAUGUACUUGACACCCACAACAAGCUUGCGUGCAUUAUUAGAAGUUGUUGCAAAAGUCAAUGAUAAGAAAGUGCGAAAAGAGAGGGAAAAUGACUUGAAAGAUAUUCAAACUACUCCAGUCUUGCGAACAACCACUUUCAUUGAGACAUAUGCAUAAAAAAUCUAUACUCAAAAGAUUUUAAAGAUAUUUGGGGAAGAAGUGGCUAAUUGCUUUAAUUUUACGAGGGAGACAGUUGAAGACAAUGGACAGGUUGCAACCUUUAAGGUGGCAGUCCCAGGGACCGGAACUAAAUCCUACUUAAUGAAAUUCAAUUGCCAUGGCAAUUCCGUUUCUUGCUCUUGUCACUUCUUUGAGAGGAUUGACCUUUUUUGUAGGCAUGUCCUGAAGAUUUUUAUGGUCAAAGAUAUGUUUGAAAUCCCUCCACAAAAUAUAAAGAAGCGUUGGACCAAGGAUGUAAAGAAGGGAAUUUUUCUUGAUGAAAUUGGGGAACAAAUUCAAGUAACAUCUAAAUUACCACGCUCCAUUAGAUAUAACGAGGUUAUGCAGGCAAGUCAAUCCUUUGCCAAGCGUGCUUCACAAAAUGUAGAGGGUUAUGAGUUUGUAAUGUCCAUAAUAAAAAAUGGAAUUCAUCAGUUUGAUGAAAUAUUCAUAUGCAAGAGAGGUCAAAAUGAUAAUGCUAUGAUCUAUGUCAAUGAAGAUGCCAAUUUUGCUAGUUGUAGUAACACACCAAGUGGAAGUAAUCAUUGUCUUAAUGUACUUGAAUCUGCACGAGCACGGACAAAGAGACGAUCGGCCACUAAAAGAAUGAAAGCUCGGUCUGAGGGAUGGAAGCUGAAAAAAAGGAAAUGCACAGUAUGCAAUGGAAGUGGACAUGAUAAAAGGAACUGCCUAUCGUUUGUUUCUGAUAGCGCUAAGGACAAAACACAUCGUAUACUUUGGAUCCAUAAGAGCCUGAUUGAUUUAAAGUUUGACUUAGGAUCUGCUUUUGUCAUCUUAGCAUCAGUUGUUCAUAAAUCGAGAAGAUAUGAAUUCCUUGAAGAUCUUGUGCCGCAUAAAGUGAAAGCAAGCUGCAGAUGCUUUAAUUCCUUCUCUCUCUAUGCAAUGUGUUGUAUGCUGAAGAAUUUUUGUUGCAUGUGUGUAUUUAUUGUUCAUAUAUGGAUGGGGAUGAAUUCUAGAAUGCGUAUGGCUUUUUCUUACUUGCUUUCCUUACUGAGGAUUUCUAGUGGUUCUUGCUGCUAGUCCAUGUGGAACAGAUUCUCUCUCUCUCUCUCUUUAAUGUCUCUAUAUGGAUAAUCUAUCUCUCUCUUUAAUGUAUUCAUAUGGAUAAUCUCUCUCUCUCUCUCUCUCUCUCUCUCUCUUUAAUGUCUUCUUGGUGGUUCCUGAUAUGGAGCUCUGUGCAUUUGGAUUUCUUAAGCUUGAUGGUUUCAUAAGUUUAAUAGGGAAGCAGUUGGUAUACAUCAAAACCAUUUAUUAGUUGGUGAACCAUCUAACAAGUUCUACACCUGAGAAUUUCAUGAAUCCUAUUAUAAGAGAGAAGAACUACAAUGCUUUGGACUACAAGAAGGUGGCUUGCAUUUGUGAGAAGUUCAAAGAUUCACCAGACAGGUUGUUGGGGAGCUUGACAAGCUGAAAUUUGAAGCAAACUGCACAAAAGAGGUCAAUGGAUGCGUUGAAGUAAUUGAAGGACCUCAGCUGAUGAAUUUGUCAGGUGGAAGGAUGGCCUUAGAGGAUCCUUAAAGUUCAUUUAUUUUUAUUUACUUUUUAUACCUUUUAAAAUAGAUAUGUUUUUUGUAUGUAGGAAUUUUUUGCAUUGGGCUGCCAUUGUUGUUUGUUUAUUUCUGGGAAAUUUGGAUGCUUUCCUGAGUAAUGUUGACCAUGUUUUGGCAUGUUAUUUCAAUGGUGCAAAUUGAACGUG